UUGGUCGAGUACACUUUAAUUCACUUCCCAAUAAUAAUCAACGAUAAGGAAAAGUUUUCCGUUGAAAUCGACGCGUCGCAAUUCCAUCCAAGCGAACUCUUCGUGAAUAUUCGUGAAAACGAAUUAAUCGUUGAAGGGAAACAUGAAGAAAGGAACAACGAAAAUGGUACUAUUCAACAUCGUUUUAUUCGCAAAUAUGAAAUUCCAAGCGAUGUGCAAAUGAAUACAAUUGAAUCAAAUUUAUCCGGCCAAGGAGUACUGAGUAUUAACGCCAAGAAAGUACCAUCAGACAAUGUACCAGUUCGCCGAAUUUCUAUUAAACCUUCGCAUCCAUCAAACGACAAUUAA